AUGUGUCAUCUGCACCCUCAGUUGCUUCUUAAACAUGUUGAUAAAAUCAUCCGCUUUUGCAUCCACACCUUCAUCUUCCGUACAAGUCGUCGUUUCACUUCUCGCCAUCGCCGUCGCUGGCCUCCUUCUCUCCAACGCUUCUUCUUCCUCUUCCUCCCAGUCCAACGUCAUCUAACACUCUUUCUCAUUCACCGAUCUCUUCAGUUCCACCUUCCUCUUCUUCUCCUCACCCGAAUCACAAACCAGUUUUGGAUCCAGUUCCGCAGACGGGUUUUCGGUUUCGGUUUCAGGUUGAAGGGUGCAACGCUGAAGCAAGAAACGAGGGCUAUGGUACCGAUGACUAGGUUUACAAGGAUGAAAAGGGGUGAAGGUGCAAACCAGCUCGCGAAUGGUGGCUCCUGGGUUUCACAGGAGCUUUUGGCAUUAUUAUGCAGUUUGUCUGGGCAGCAAGACAGUAGCAGGGUGGACAGCAACAUGGGUUGA